AUGGCUGAUGUGAGCCAGAACAGCUCCUUAAAUCAAAGCUCAGAUCAUGGAAACAUCUUCAGGCCGCAGACCGUGUUCAGCGUCCUGACGUUCACCUUGCUCGCCAUGCUUGUGGUAGCUACGUUCGUCUGGAACAUGCUCGUCCUAGUCACAAUUCUCAGAGUCAGGACCUUCCACCGCGUGCCCCACAAUUUGGUGGCCUCCAUGGCCAUAUCUGAUGUUAUGGUUGCUGCUCUGGUGAUGCCUCUCAGCCUGGUGCACGAGCUUAACAGUCGACGCUGGAAGUUGGGCCGAGCUCUGUGCCAGGUCUGGAUAUCUUUUGACGUCCUGUGUUGUACGGCCAGCAUUUGGAACGUGACCGCAAUAGCGCUUGACCGCUACUGGUCCAUAACACGGCACCUGGAGUACACCCUAAAGACCCGCAAAAAGAUCUCCAACGUGAUGAUCGGCCUGACCUGGCUGCUCUCUUCCAUUAUUUCCCUCUCCCCGCUGUUUGGCUGGGGUGAGACAUAUUCGGAAGAGGACAUGGAGUGCCAGGUGAGCCAGGAGCCAUCAUACACCGUCUUUUCCACAUUUGGGGCCUUCUAUCUGCCUCUCUGUGUUGUUCUGUUUGUCUACUGGAAGAUAUACAAAGCUGCUAAGUUCCGUAUUGGAGCUAAGAAGACCAACACCAUCACUCCAGCUGCAGAGGCUGGGGAGGUAAAAGAAGCCUCUAGGCAACAGCCUCAGAUGGUGUUCACCGUGCGUCACGCCACGGUGACCUUCCAGACCGACAGUGAGACGUGGCGAGAACAAAAAGAGAAGCGAGCAGCUCUUAUGGUUGGCAUCCUAAUCGGAGUGUUCGUCCUCUGCUGGAUCCCAUUCUUCCUGACUGAACUCAUCACACCGCUGUGUUCCUGCAACAUCCCGCCAAUAUGGAAGAGCGUCUUCCUCUGGCUGGGUUACUCUAAUUCAUUCUUCAACCCUCUCAUUUACACAGCCUUCAAUAAAAACUAUAAUAAUGCUUUUAGGAAUCUCUUCUCACGACAGCGCUAAGCCCCAGCGCCCGAGAGAUAGCGGACAGCUCAGCUUCUUCACAAAUGUCAUUUUAAAUCACUCUUAGGAUUUGAAAAGUGCGUUAUCUGAACGCUUCAGGAAUCAAAAGUUCACAGUGGGAAACACAAAGGCUUUGACUGAACGAUGUCUGACUAUUUUAUUGCCAAGCAAAGGGAUGAUUUGAUCCAGAGUUUUUGAAAUGUCAGUCUGUCCUCUGCAUUCAAUCAGAUUGUUAACUGCUUCUGUACUUUAGCCAGAGAGUUAAUAUCAGUGUAUAUUUAUGUAAUGUAAGGUUUGUUAGUUUCAACUGAAAUCAUUUUACACAUCUUUUGUGCAUUCCUUAGUAGCAUAAUAUCUUUAAUGCAUCAAAGUGUCUCUCUAUUUUAUCAAUUAUUUAAAGGGACAUUCCACUUUUUUGAAAAUAUGCU